AUGACUAUAAGUAAAAUACCCAUAUGGUUGGAUUGUGAUCCUGGUCAUGAUGAUGCUAUAGCCAUUUUAUUAGGCUGCUUUCAUCCAGCUUUUAAUCUUCUGGGAGUCAGCACAUGUUUUGGUAAUGCACCACCCAAAAAUACAGACUAUAAUGCCCGCUCUCUUUUAACUGCAAUGGGCAAAGAUCAGGCAAUUCCUGUUUAUAAAGGUGCACAGAGGCCUUGGAAAAGAGAACCUCAUUAUGCUCCUGACAUACACGGAAUAUCCGGCUUAGACGGUACUUUAUUACUACCCAAACCAACAUUUGAAGCGAGAACUGAUAAAACUUAUAUUGAGGCCAUUGAAGAGGCAAUACUAACCAAUGUUGGCGAGAUAUCCUUCGUUUCUACUGGGGCACUUACUUCAUUAGCUACACUUUUGAAGUAUAAACCACAUUUAAAAAAAUACAUCAAAUAUAUUAGUAUUAUGGGAGGUGGACUUCAUGGCCUAGGGAACUGUAAUCCAAAUCUUUCUGCUGAAUUCAACGUGUGGAUUGAUCCUGAUGCAGCGAAUGCUGUAUUUCAGGAUCCUGAUGUGAAGGAUAGAUGUAUAUUGGUCCCUCUAAAUUUGACUCACAAGGCCAUAGCUACCUGUGAAGUUCAAAAAACAAUAUUUAAUGAAGACCAUGACACUAAUUUACGAAAACUGUUCUUCGAACUUUUUCAGUUUUUUGCCCAUGCCUAUAAGGAUAUGCAAGGUUUUGAAUCAGGCCCGCCUGUACAUGAUCCAGUGGCUUUGAUGCCACUUUUAGAUUUUUAUGGGUGGGAUCCAUCCUCUGUAGUUGGAUUUCACUAUAAGAGGAUGGACAUAUCCUGUAUUGACGAUUUUCUCAAUGAGAAUUCAGGGAAAAUUAUCAUUGAAAAAGAGUAUCCAGGUGACGGUAAUCUGGGUACUAUGGUCGGUUUAAAUUUGAACAUCCAGUAUUUUUGGGAUCAGGUUUUUGCAGCAUUAAAUAAGGCAGACAAAAUGUCUACGAUCGAAUAA